CAUCAUUAGUGGGCAUUAGCGCUCGGCAGAGGACAAAACAUGUUGGUCAGGGCUCAAGUCGCGAAAUUGACCAGAGCCCAUAUCUCGCAUAGGCGGUAUUUUGGGCCUGUAUCUAGUGCCGUCGACUAAGGUUCACCGAUAGAUGUCAUCCGGACUGCGUAGGGCAAAUUCCACUGUCGUUCAGGGGCAGCGAUGGAGGGUCAUCCCGGGCGUGGGCGCAGCGGUCACGCCACAGGCAGCCUGGUCGGCACGUGCAGCUGUUGGCCUGCUGGCUGCGCGCGGCAAGUUCGCACGAGGUCAGGAGCGAAUCUUGAGCUAGCGAUGCUGAUGAAGCAGCGAUAUACAAUUUGUACACAGCGGGUCCAGGCAAACCCAGGACCAACAUACAGCAACAGUCAUGGCGCGAAACCUGUGCAUUUGCUUGCUGGUCGCCGGUUUGGCUGCGCUCGCGGGGGCGCGCAAGCUGCACGCCAGUGAGGCUGGUGGUGUCUCAGUUAUUCAGGCAGCUGACGCCAGUGGAGCGAGCUCGCUGCAGCACGCGACGUCAACGGCGGAUGCCUCUGGCGCCAUCGAUGUCGCCUCCCGCGGCCGCCGCAUCGAAAUUCUGAUGGCUGUCAUGAGCCGCUGCCCCGAUGCCAGGGCGGCGGAGGCCACCAUGGACGAGGUGCUGGCCAGGGUUCACUCCAUCGCCAACAUCCGCCUGGUGUACAUUGGCACCUUCAACAAAAGCUCGCCGUACGACAUCGUGUGCAAGCACGGCGAGAUCGAGUGCGCCGGCAACAUCCAGCAGCUGUGCGCUGCCAAGUACAGCGCGCAGGGGCCGGCGGAGCACGACGAGGAGCCGUGGACCCGCGGCUGGCGCUUCCUCAUGUGCCAGAACCAGGAGUACGCGGACAUUGGAAAGCAGGCCCUGGCGGAGAAGUGCUUCCAGGAGGCGGGAUUCACCGCCACCGGUGCCAACCUGGCCCGCGGCUGUUGGUCGGGCCCCGAGGUGCGCUCGAUGCUGCGCAACUCGGCGCGGCAGGCGGAGAAGCUCAAGGCCUCCGUCAGCGCCACUGUGUUCAUCGACGGCGAGUACCGCUGCACGCGCAACGGCGGCCAGUGGGUCGACUGCCCCGGCGGCGCGGACACAGACGACUUUGUGUUGUCGGUGUGUGAGGCCUACCGCCGCAUCAGCUACGUUUGGCCCGAGGACAUCUGCGGCCCCCAGCCCGGCCUGCGCAAGUAAAUGCUUAACAAGCCCCCCCCAAGUAAAUGCGCAAGCAGCCCAGGCCUUCAUUCAGCAGCAUUCCCCAUGGGCGCGCGCACCGUUCGAUCGUGUUUGAAAGGCGUGUUUACCAUCGUGAUUGCAAGUGUGUGUCGUGGUUGCGCUGCGGGGCGUCCUUGCUGUUACCCAACGGUUUGUUCGGAUUACGCACAUGUUGCUUCUAAGUUCUAAUUUUGCCGGAGAUGCCCCCAGUGGGGUGUUCCUGGACCCUCGUCGUUGUGUGGUGUUGGUGAUGGUGUGGGCGGUGCCAAGGCAAACCCCAAUGUACGGUUUGCACUGUAUCGUUUGCAUAAGGGUGGGUGCACACGAAAGCUUGUGUAGCAGUGUAGGCGGACACAUCUAGCUGCCUGAGCUUGCGUGUGCUGGAGAGAGGAUCGACUGCUGUGGGGGGGGCAUGGCGGCAUGUAUAUAGACCUGUGCGGGCUUUCCCUUUGUUUCCACAGCAAGUCCGGUAGUUGUAAAAGCGACGGGCAAGGAGUGCACGUCGACAACUGACAAGGUAGACCGCCCAGCCGGCAGCGUAAACGUCAGCGGUAUGAGAGCGCACCCGGCCCAAGCUAGGCCUCAAAGGACUCUAUUGCAAACUGUAAAGGAGCUGACGA